GCGGCAUAAGGAUCAACCUGGAGAAGAGUAGAACUCGCAGCAGCCGAACAGAAACCGCGAACACAGCAACUUAGCACAAAUAUGGGACUGUUAUGUUUUUACUACACAGCGCGAGGGAGUGUUUUAUAAUCGAGUACAUGUCGGUUUUACAACUUUUAGUCGGGAAUUAGUCGACGUGUUGUUGUUGGCGCCUCAGUUGAAACAAGAGUUCUGCUUUCAGUCGGAUGGAAGUGAGUGAGACAGGUCAGUUUUAGAGACAGACAGCUCGGUGUAACGGCUCCCCCCGCGGACCUUCACCGAGUCUUUCGGUUCAAUGUCCGCGGUAAACUGCGCCGAGGAGCUGGACUUCAGACUGAUCUUUGAGGAGGACGGCAGACAGACGGCAGGUCCAGAUCUCAAUGUGAGGACGCCUCCCUCCUCCACACAGGCCGUGGCGGGGCAGCCCGUCGGCCUGGAGCCGUAUUUCUCCACCGCAGACGGCUACCAGCAUGUCGGCUGCCACCCCCAGGGGCCCCCGCAGUACGGGGCCCAGAGGAACCCGAGAGCCUUCGACUGCCCGAGUAUCCAGAUCACCUCCAUAGCUCCGAACAGCCAUGUGGAGCCCGGCGCUGGCCACGAAGUUUUGGUGGUGGGCGGGGCAGAGGGGGGCUACCCUGAGGCAGCCUGGUCCAGGGGCCAGCUUUUCCUGCCCCUGGACCCGUGCUACCGGGACCCGGCGCUCUGCCCGAGCCCCUGCAGCAGCCUGUCGUCCAGGAGCUGGAUGUCCGACCUCUCGUCCUGCGAGUCCUUCUCCAACGUCUACGACGACACCGAGGGGGAGCUGUCCGACGCCGCCCGCCUCGCCCUGGGCUCCCCCAUCGGGUCACCUCUGGGGUCCCCGGGCUGUGGGGGCGGGGCCUUCGGGGUGGAGUUAUGGCAACAAAAAUACCAACAUCCUCUACCCUUCAGCCCGGCGCUGUCGCCCCAUCAGUCUCCUCGCCAGUCGCCCCGUCAGUCGCCCUGCCACUCCCCUCGCACCAGUGUCACGGAGGAGAGCUGGCUCAACCGCCGGCCCACUUCCAGGCCGUCAUCCAGACCGACCUCCCCCUGCGGAAAGAGACGCCACUCCAGCGCCGAGCCCCACGCCCGCUCGCCCUCCCCUCACCACUCACCCAGCCCCACGCCGAGCGCCUCCCCGCGGGGCAGCGUGACAGACGACACCUGGGUGGGAAGCCCCGCCGGGGUCCUCGGGACCCUCCUGAUGUCCGGCUACCAGGAGCUGGAUGUCCCCUCCAAGACCAGGAGGACGUCGGGGACCCAGCUGGGGGGCCUCCUUUCGGGUCAGGGAGACUCGGGGCUGGAGCCGUUCCUGGAUUCUCCCGUGGAAGAGGGGCGUGACCAGGACGGCCUGGCUGAGCUCUUCCUGCAGGUGCCCUCCCACUUCAGCUGGAACAAACCCAAACCUGGAAACCCUCCUCUGUUCAGGGUCUCGUCCCCCCCUCCCCUGGACUGGCCCCUGCCCAGCCAGUAUGACCAGUGUGAGCUGAAGCUGGAGGUCCAGCCCAAGUCCUACCACAGGGCUCAUUAUGAGACGGAGGGCAGCAGAGGGUCCAUCAAAUCAGCUGCUGGAGGACACCCUGUUGUGAAGUUGAACGGAUUCAGCGAGCAGCCGGUCAGCCUGCUGUUGUUCAUCGGCACCGCAGACGACCGCUACCUUCGCCCUCAUUCCUUCUACCAGGUGCACCGGGUGACGGGGAAGACGGUCACCACCACCUGCCAGGAGAAGAUCAUGGGUUACAGCAAAGUCCUGGAGAUUCCUCUGCUUCCGGAAAACAACAUGUCCGCCAGCAUCGACUGCGCCGGCAUCCUGAAGCUGCGUAACGCCGACAUCGAGCUGAAGAAAGGAGAGACGGACAUCGGGCGGAAGAACACCAGGGUGCGUGUUGUGUUCAGGGUCGCCGUGCCUCAGCCGGACGGCCGGAUGCUGUGGCUGCAGACAACAUCUGCUCCUGUGGAGUGUUCCCAGCGCUCCGGUCAGGAGCUUCCUCAUGUGGACAGCUUCAGUCCGGCCAGCUGCUCCGUGGACGGAGGAGCGGAGCUGCUCAUCUCCGGAUCCAACAUCUCCACACAGUCCAGGGUGGUUUUCAUGGAGAAAGGCCCCGAUGGAAGAUCGCUGUGGGAAAUGGAUGCCAGAGUUCUGUCAGAAAAAAGCAGCGGAUCCAGCAUUGUGGUGGAGGUCCCUCCGUACAGUAAGAAGACAUCCGGUCCGGUCCAAGUCCAGUUCUACGUCUCAAACGGGAAGAGGAAAAGGAGUCUAACGCAGAGCUUCACCUUCCUGCCUGGAGUCAGACGUCACCUCCCUCCUCCUCCUCCUGCUGCUGGGGCACAGCUGGUAAAACAGGAGCGCUGGGAGCUGGACCACAUCUCCCACAAUCCACCUGGAUUCAGCCCAGAUUUGUCUUAUUACGAUUCCUGUGACCUCCCAGUGCACUGUGGUCCUCCUUCCCAGAACACACCUUGUUUCCAUCAUCCUCCUCCUUCCUCCGUCCCCCUUCAAACGACCUUGAUGUUUCCUCACAGCUCCUCCAUCCGGCGUCACGCCUCCUCCUCCAUGUCUUCUCAGAUCUCCUCGGCCCCCCUUCAGACCUUGAUUCCUCUUCAGACUUCCAUCAUGCCUCCUCAGACCUUCACCAUCCCCCCUCAGAUCUCCUCGCUGCCUCCCCAGGCCUCCUCUGUUCCCCUUCAAACCUUCACCAUCCCCCCGCAGACCUCCUCGAUCUCCCCGCAGACCUCCUCGCUGCCUCCCCAGGCCUCCUCUGUCCCCCUUCAAACCUUCACCAUCACCCCGCAGACCUCCUCGCUGCCUCCCCAGGCCUCCUCUGUCCCCCUUCAAACCUUCACCAUCCCCCCGCAGACCUCCUCGAUCCCCCCGCAGACCUCUUCGAUCCCCCCUCAGACCUCCUCGCUGCCUCCCCAGACCUCCUCUGUCCCCCUUCAAACCUUCACCAUCUCCCCGCAGACUUCCUCGAUCUCCCCGCAGACCUCCUCGCUGCCUCCCCAGGCCUCCUCUGUCCCCCUUCAAACCUUCACCAUCACCCCGCAGACCUCCUCGCUGCCUCCCCAGGCCUCCUCUGUCCCCCUUCAAACCUUCACCAUCCCCCCGCAGACCUCCUCGAUCUCCCCGCAGACCUCCUCGCUGCCUCCCCAGACCUCCUCUGUCCCCCUUCAAACCUUCACCAUCCCCCCGCAGACCUCUUCGAUCCCCCCUCAGACCUCCUCGCUGCCUCCCCAGGCCUCCUCUGUCCCCCUUCAAACCUUCACCAUCUCCCCGCAGACCUCUUCGAUCCCCCCUCAGACCUCCUCGCUGCCUCCCCAGACCUCCUCUGUCCCCCUUCAAACCUUCACCAUCCCCCCACAGACCUCCUCGCUGCCUCCCCAGGCCUUCUCUGUCCCACUUCAAACUUUCACAAUGCCCCCGCAGACCUCCUCGAUCCCCCCGCAGUCCUCUUCGCUGCCUCCCCAGACCUCCCCUGUUGGACCUCAGAGGGAACAGUCUCCAUCUCUGAGUUCCAGUAGAAACUUCGUGACCCCCGCUGGUCCCCAGAAGGACUCUCUGCUCUCCAGCCCAGGAGAGGUGCUGAGUAUCAAGCAGGAGCCUGAAGACCAGCCAAACCUGGGAUCCUUGGGCCUCCAGGAGAUCACACUGGAUGAUGUGAAUGAGAUCAUUGACAGAGAUAUCUGCAGUCUGAGCAGCGGCACCCAGCCCGACCAGUUUGACCAGUACCACCAGUACGACUGGGAGCACAAGUCCGGCGACGCCGCCGCGUCACCGUUCAGGGGAGGCCCUCAGUAGCUGCGCUGCUUCCUCAGGAGAAGACAGCAGUGCUGCUUCUUCUUCUUCUUCUUCUUCUUCUUCUUCUUCUUGUUUUGCUGUUUGGACAAAGAAAAUAAAGCGGAAGGUCGUGUUUGCACCAAGUGCACCAAACUGAUCUCCAAGUGCCUGAAAACCAAUCAGCAGCCUCGACGAGUCCGCAGGGCUCCUCCCAUCAGGGUAUCACGUCACAUUGCUGUUUCCUCGUCUGUCUCAGGAAUUUUACCUCACUGACAAACCAAAGAGUUUUUUUUUUUUUUUUAGCUUUUCAUGACGAAUUGGAAGAAAUGAAGAAUAAAACAAAAGGGCUGUAAAUCAUCUGUAAGUGUAGAGCUUCAAUGUGACUCAAUCUAACAAUCAGGAACGUCUUUACAGCAGCUGAAGCACAAAAAAAAAAAAAAGUUAUUAUUUAUUGGCCAGUUAAUUAAAAAAAUCUAUUUUUGAUACUCUGGAUCGACUCCAGUAAAAACUAAAGUCCUUCAGCUGAUCAUUUACAUUUUUUAUAGCUUGGUUUUACUCUGUUUACAUUUCCUUCGCUGAAUUUCAUUACUGCUGUUCAACCUGAACUGUUUUGGUGUGAAGCUUAAGACACUGAAUUUAUAGAAAUGUAUCGCAAGGUUGAAGUAAAAAGAAAAGAAAAGUC